AGGACCUCAUCCAUUCUAGGUAGAAAAUACAUACGACAAAAAGAAAAAUCUGAAGUGAUCAUGCGCCAUGCUCGCAUGAGUCUUUGAUAUUAUUUCUACGUACGAAAGUUAGUACGACCAUGAUGUGAAUGAUGCACGAUUUCCGGAUCAUGCGGCGAUCGUCCUGUACUCGGUAAGUGGACUAAGCAGCAGAGUACGUGAUCCUACUCCUCCUGGUGUCCCUCUCUACUUAAUUUCGGCGUAGUAGAUCUAGAUGUCUGCGGCGGGGCAAUCUGCGGCCAUGGCGUCCGCGGACGCGGCGGCUGUGAUGCCCACCGGGCUUUCCCGCGACAUCGACGGGAACAUUCGGACUCUCUCGUGGGAGAAGCGUCUGGUGCGGGGGUUCGAAUCCAUGUUCUUGUCCAGCAACAAGGAGGUCGCGCCGGCGUACUUGGCAAAGACGCUGACCCGGCAAGAAGUCAUCAAGGGCGGCGGGGAGACGAAACCCAUGCCAUUGGGACCGGAUGGCAAGCCCAUUGUCGAUCCGGUUUAUGAGGAAAAGCUGAAGCGGAAAAAGCGGCGAGUGAGGUAUUUGCACCAGGCCUGGUCUUUUGCGUACUUAUUUUUCUUCACAACCUUCCAUGCAGCACGUCUUGUCGCUGUAUAGGACGAGGUGCAAGAUCAAAAACAAGUACGCCAAAAGAUAGAUCAUAAAAAUGAAAAUCUCAUGCAUGCAAGACCGGUUCGUGGUCAAGUGCUACAAUCAAAAUCAAUAUCAAAACAGAAACCUCUAUUACGUGGCGAUGUUUUGGUUCCUCCUCCUGAACGCCACACUGAUCUACACGGGCUGGCAGUACUUUUCCGCGGUUCUCCCCUACACCCGCGAUGUGUACAUAAAGUCUACCGCCGGGCCGCGGUACGCAUUGCAAAAGUACCGUACUUCCAGUACAAAUCGAAUGACAAAUAAUCUUGUCAGAGGCAAAACUGAAACUUGUCAUGCAGAUUGAGGUAGGAAACCCAAACCAGAUUUGUGUUUGUUAUGCACGGUUUGUUGUAAGUACUUGUACUUCGAGUGCGACUACACUUUUGCAAUCCAUACACGGGUUGCGCAGAGAUUCCGGGACUUUAUCGAAACCACAACGUUGGAGCCGAUCAAGCGGAUCAAUAACGUCAUGCAGAGGGGGUUUUUCCGGUUUUACCCGUCCAUUUACAACCAUGUGAGCCCGAUUAAUUUCCACUAUGCAUUGCAAAACAAAGUAUCGUCGUCGUAUGAAUGCAUUACAAAUUUCCUCAGCAUGAGAAAUAAAAUCUGUAAUGCGGAUUUACCUUUAGAACAAAAUUUGUAAUGCAUGACUGCAAUUACUACGAGUACGAUACUUCUGCACAGGAUAUCCACCUCGUGGAGGCCAUGUUCGGAUCGACCUUGCUCGCCCGGCGGGCCAUCCUAAAGCUGGAGAUGGGGUUCGAGGGCACGCGGCAGGACAGCGCGUUCGGCGCCAUGCGGUUCUUCCGCGUCGGGCCGAAGGAGCAAUUGGUGCUGCAGACCGACAUCCAGAAAUUUUGCACGGAGGGGGUGGGCAUCUUUGGCUGCACGCGCAACAUGACGCUGACCAACGACAAGUGGUUUCGCGAUUUGAAAAACGUCGGUCUCGGGACCAUUCUGACGCAAACGCGUUUGCAACCGACGCAUUUGGAUCCCUUCGUUCCGAGCCCGCUGCUGAUUCCCAUGCCGAGUUUGUGUUCCUACCCGCACUCCGCCACCGCGCAGAGUAUGAUGGUCAACGCGAUGGCGAAUAUGGCUUCAACAUCAAGUAGUAGUGCUGGCUCUGGCUCAAGCAGUCUCGCGAUCAUCACCUACGAACAGCUCUUCCAGCAAUAUUCCAACUUCCCGUACGCCUACCGCGGCCCCGAGUUCCAGCUCGAGCCCGGAGUCUACCACAACCUCGGUGUCGGCUGCUGCCAGCCGGAUGCGAACGAAGUGUUGGCCCUGCAGGGACCGGCCGUGAGCAACGCAAACUGCCGGCACCAGUGCGAUUUGCGCGGGGUGGAUUGUGUGGGAUACGACUACGACCUGAGUAAGCAGAGGUGCUGGCUGCAGACGGGAAGUACGGAAGUGCAGUCGGUUAUGGGAGUGUCAGGACUGAUGAAAUCGUCAAAGUUGAAAUAGUUUGUCAUGCAUAAAAUGCAACGCAGAAAGUGCCUCUAUUGCAGAGAACGCAAGGGAGGCAGAUAGUAGUGCUGGUAAGGGUCGAGCAUUGGGCUGCUGAUUAGCAUGACAAAGGGGAGCCCCUUUGCCCUAAACAGCAUGACAAACUGGCUUCCGGUACGGACGAAAUUUGUCAUGCACCGACUAGAAACUUUGAGGCAAAUUGGUAUCGAUUUUAUGCAUUACAACUUAUUUCAACUUUGUCGAUUUCAUGAUUCCUGACACUUCCAUAUCGGUGUCGCUGAACCCACCGACGGACACCUGUAAUGCGUGCUACGCGAAGAACCUGACCCUGACGAACCACUUUGACGCGAAUGCCACGGCGGUGAACAGCACGCUGCUAGACCAGGAGCGGCAACUGGUGAUCGAACAGAAACUGCUCGAAAUGGCGCGACAGGAACCGAAACUGCACGAGCACCUCGGGCCGAUCGAGGCGGGGGACCCGCGGAGUUAUGCGGAUUUGCAGCACGAACUGCAGUACCUACAGCUGUACGGAAAUUGCAGUCAACGGACCUCGAGCCCCUUUCUCCAAUGGGAACAGGCCCAGAAGACCGCGAGCGCCAUUCUGGAGGCGCAUAGAACCUUGUUUCAGAAGUACAGCAAGGAAAACUGGUAUAUUAGCACUGGAACAACAUCUUCAGGCAGUAGUGGUAGCGGUGGUACAACAGGAGCAUCUACUUCAUCUUCUAAUAGACGGGUAUUGCAGACAGAUAUAGAUGAGCCUCCUCGUCCCCUGGAGGACCAGCAGCUGCCCCAUCAUCAACCGCGGUGGUCGCAGAUAGAAGCAGAAACAGGAACAAGUAGAAAUUAUCGAGGUGGAAUAAAGAAAGCCGAUGUGAUGUCGUCCGCAAAAAGACGAGUAGCAACUACUUCCAGUAGCAGAAGAUCAGGUGGCGCUGGUCGUACAACAACUAAAGUAGAGCAGCUCUUGCAAGAGGGCAUCAGAACAAAUUCAAAUGUAGAGACCACGAACACGAAGCACACGAUGCGAGAAAAAAGAAAAAUGCAGAUGAGACAACACCGAGAUACUAGCCACUACCACAUUGAGAACAAGUGCGGCGGGCGGCAGAAGACAGUGGAGGAGGAAAAGCGGUGCGAGGUGAGGAAAAAGAGAAGAGCAUCUUCUGCUGGGACACGAGAUGCAGUUGCAGAUAGAAUUUUUUGGGAGAAUGAAAGGAACGGUAUUAACGGAAUACAGGCGGAGAAGCACCACACGCUCCAUCUUCGAGAGCAGCCUGGCGCUCUUGAGACCGCACGACACCAGCGAGACCGCAAAGGACUCGAUCGUGCGGGCGAGGGCGCAGAAGUAGCAUCUUCAAGGUUGCACCAGAAGUCCUUCUCAGGACAGACAGCAAAAUCGAGGGUAACGGCUGCACGGGACGACGAGCAUACGAGUAGAGCUUUAGCCGCGCACGCAGCGACGAACAGUUCAACGAACGGAACUGCAACUUCGAGCUCCGCCGUAUGGCCUUCUCAAAUGUUACACUCUCAAGCUCAACUGUAACAUGAUUUGUUUUUGUCAUGCGAAAUUACAAGUAGAAUCUGAAUCGACACGAUCAAGCUGCUUCGCAUGACAAAUUCUCGAAACGUCAAACAGGCUGAGAAUCUAGUCCAAAUUUGUCAUGCAAGACGCGCAAGGUUGCCCCCUUCACUUUUGCCAUUCUUGCGUCACAAAUCACGUAACAGCUGAGAGUGUAACCUUUGAGAACGCCAUACGCUGCGUCUUCCACCACGACCACUUUCUCUGCAGACAGUGACGAGAGCGACGAGCCCUCGGACGAGGAACUUUCGAUUUUAGAGCAGCUCGGGUUGCUGGAUCAAGCAGAUCUGGAUGAGCAGGACGCGGCAACCCAGUCCACCUGCAUCGGCCCGAACUUUGAGUAUGCCGGUCCGAGACUGGCGAACGCCGAGGUGUACGAGCGAACCACGGACCGGAAGUACUUCCUGACCAACCAGCGGGUGCAGCACGAGAUUCUGGGCUACUGGGAGGGCGGCGGGCCGGCGGUGGUGCAGACGGAGAGCCGGAUGCCCACGGAGCGGAAACUGUCCGAAAACAUCGGGUAUUCCGUCCCGGUUUUGUCUUUGGUGUUCAAGAUCCAGGUGCCGCAGAACCGCGACGGGGCGGACGUGGUGCCGCCGGACCCGAUGCUGGAAAUCAUGGGCGACUUGACCCACAUCAUCGGCAGAAUACAAGUAGACGUCACCCAGUUCGCGGACCACCUGCGCGAAAGUCCGGGGGGAGUGUUCGACCCGACGGUACGUCUAUUUGAUGCGAGUGAUUUGUUCAUUAUUAUAUUCCGGAUGUUUUUACAUUUGUUCUUGUCCCGUUGCUAGAACACGAGCAGUGUCGCAACUUCUCAAACGCAUCUUACAUACGAUGUGCAUGUAGUUUAUGUUAACGAAGUCCCUAAUAUCCUUUUACCUUUUCAACAUUAACGUCACAGACCUUCGAGGCCUACGUCGUGAACCGGCACGGGGACGUGGUCUGCAGCGCCUUCCUGGAGGAGCAGGUCCAGCGUCUUCCCAACACGGUGCCGGACACCGGGCAGCAGGCGGGUAACCCGGGCAUGGGGCUGAUUCACCAGGGGAAUCUUCCGCCCUAUCAUAUGUAAAAACAUCCCCACCCCAGGGUUGUCAUGCAGAUUUGCAAGCACAAGAGCAUCUGUAAGGCGCAUCCCCAUGAGAGACAUUGCCCAUCGUGUUUUGGAACUUGUAAUGCUGUAAACAGGAUAAGGACGAGACGGAUUCGUUAUGCGGCUUCCCUUGCUAAGCUGCACUACACUAGAGUCUGAAACUUGUCAUGCGUGACUCCCAAAAGGUCUAGGUUUGUGUUGCAAAAUCCCCAUCUUGACUAUGGUGUGGGGACGUUUUUCCGUAGGAUACGCCCGUCCCCUUGGUCAUCAAGAAGGUGUUCGAAUCCGAGCAUUUCAGUUAUGGCGUUCUCAACUGUUACAUUCUCAUCUGUUACAUGGAUUUGUGACGCAAGAAUGGCAAAAGUCAAAGCAGGGAGGUUGCACCUGUUGCAUUACAAAUUCCGCACAGGUUUAGGUGCUGUUUAGCCUUUCCAAAAUUUGUCAUGCGAAGUAGCUUCACCUUGUGAGUGUUGAUGUUCGUUUUGCAUUACAAAUCAUCUAACAGUUGAGAAUGUAGCAGUUCAGAACGCCAUAUCAGUUCGCUUUCCGCGGCGGAUUUGGCCGAGGCGCCGUCGGACGGCCUCGUGAACGCAGACGGAGUCCUGAUCAUUCCGGUUACCAGUUCAGACACAACCACGUUUCGAGACACGAAGACCACGAUAUGACGCUGCACAAGAACUACUCCCCCGCCUCGUGGUUCCCCUCAUUUGAUGUCAUGCAGAAUACCAACUCCACGUGCUUCGACCUAUUCCUUUGGGCACUGUUUGGAUGCCAAAUUUUGGAACCUCAAACUGUACUACAAUCCGUGUGAAGAAGAUUUGUCAUGCGGAAGCCACAUUUCUGCCGUUGCUUGUGUUGCCAUUCACGCACUUGGACUUGAAAUGAGGGAAAGGCAGAGGGGGAGUUAAGGUUGUGCACUCUGAUACAGGGGUCCGGUGGACCUUCUAGCCGAGAACUUUUACGUCGUGGUGUGGGCGGACCAGUGGGCGUUUGUCGACACGUGGACGCUAUCAUUCGCAAAAUAAGAAUUAUCGUACCAAUUCAGAUUUUUAAAAUUGCGGCAACAGCAUCACGAAAAUUUGCUUAGCAUGACAAGAAAUGGACUUUGUGAUGCUGAUGCAGCUUGGAACGAAAGGAGAUGCAUCUUGUUGCAGGACUGCAACUGCUACGAGUACGAUAGUAUAGAUUUGCACAGGAUACACUUUCGUCAGCUCGUGGGUCAAGAUCGUGCUGGGCGGCUACCCGUUUUCGCUCUUUAUGAUUGUCACGAUCCUCUACUCCAUCCGAGAAUGCGCCGUCAAGAAGAAGGAAAGCAUCCGCCAGACCGGGCUUUUCGACUCGAAACUGCGGAUUCUCGGGCCGGCGGAGAUCGAAAAAGACCGGCAGAAGGAAGCCGCGGCGCAAACAGCUGGCAGGAGCGGGGGCGCGUCGCUGUCGUUGGAGUAGGACGAUUAUAUCGUGGACCACGCGCUGCUACUUCUAUAUGUAGAUGUAGUUCGUCGUCCGUGGUAAUAGACCUCGAGCGGUUGGUGAUGAUUCAUUCUACGUGCAGGAUACACAGCUUGUGACCUCCUCCGCAUCGCCCAUGUGUGUUGAGACGCGGGCUAUGAUCCUGCACGAUCAUACCAGUCACCGAAGAUCACUUCAGCUAGCGAAAAAAUAUCCUUUCCUCACUCCUUACGUGAUUUUUAUGAACUAAGAAUUCAAGAACAUACUAUGUUCCUAGAACCCACUCGACGUCGUUCCACUCUCUUCUCAGAACUCUUUCGCAGAACUGUUUUCCACCCCGGAACACCCACUACUACCUUCUACAACCCGAACCCACUUCAACUUCUGCUUCUCAUCUUAAAAACCACGAGAUGAAGAAGGGACGACAACUGUAUCAAUUUCCUAGAAAAAUGCGGUUUGGCCAUAUUUGUAGUCUGAGCGACCUUGGUUUGCUGUCGCAAAAUGACGUGGUGCCGACAACUUUUACUUCUUUUCGUACAGUAUCAUUCCUAGAAUUUGAAUUUUAAUCAAAACCCGAACCGCCUGGGCAUGAGCACGCCUGACAUCAAAGACA